AUGGUGGUUGUAAAAUCAUCAGCNCGUUCUCAAACUUACAGAAAGAAACAUGGGACUUCAAUACACCUUCAGGUUGCCCUAGAGAUGAAUACAAUUGCCAUUAAAAAGAUGAUUACAUUAUGCAGAAAAAUUAAAAACCUAGAUGUUUUUCUUCACGUUUCUACAGCAUAUGCCAAUUGUGAUCGUCAUUUCAUAGAAGAAGUUGUAUACCCUCCUCCCUGUGACCCAAAUAAACUGAUUGAAGCAGCAGAGUGGAUGACCGAUGAAAUGCUGAAUAAGAUAACUCCCCAGUUGAUAGGGGAUAAACCCAACACUUACACCUACACCAAACAGUUGGCAGAGCACAUACUGGUAACAGAAGCCAAGGACCUUCCCCUGGCCAUUGUCAGGCCAUCGAUUGUGGGAGCUGCAUGGAGAGAACCAGUUUCUGGCUGGAUAGAUAACUUGAAUGGACCUGGUGGCCUUUAUGUGGCGGCUGGUAAAGGUCUACUGAAAAUCUCCAAAGGCGAUCCCAAUGCUGUUGCUGAUAUCAUCCCAGUGGACCUGUGUGUUAACAUGAUUAUAGCCGCAGCCUGGCACACAGUGGUGCACAAACCAAAGGAGGUCUUAAUUUACCACACUACCAUUGGCAAUGAGAAUCCCGUGACGUGGGGUGAAAUGGAACCACUUGUAAUGAAAUAUUGGAAGUCAUAUCCACUUGACAACUGCUUUCGCAGACCAAAGACUGUCUUAAUGACCAAAGAUGGCUGGCUCCACAACUACUGGGUGGUGGUCAGCCACUUGAUUCCAGCUUACCUGACUGACCUGGGAUUGAGAUGUAUUGGUCAGAAGCCAAGGAUGGUCCGAAUUUUUGAAAAAGUGCACAAAAUCAUGGGCACACUUGAGUACUUUACACAUCGCCAGUGGGAGUGGACACAUCAUAACAGAGAUGUUCUGCUCAGUAAACUAAGUGCAGAAGACAAGAAGACUUUUUACCUAGAUCCACGUCCUCUCCACUGGCCUUCUUACAUAGAGGGCUACUGUCUGGGUGCUAAGAUGUACACUCUUCAGGAAGAUCUCUCAGGACUACCAGCAGCCAGAGCACACAUCAGAAAAUUACGCAACAUCCGAUAUACUUUCAACACGAUAGUAGUUGUGAUCUUAUGGCGACUCCUGGUAGCACGUUCACAAAUUGCAAGAAACCUUUGGUUCUUCAUCAUGGGCCUGGUAUUCAAGUUUGUACAGAACUUCCACAUUACAAGUACCAUACAGCGGUGAUAGUUGCUCUUGCAACGAUAUUGAUUCAUAAUUUGAACAAUCAUGAUGUCUCUCUUACAACUGUUUGGGGACAUGAUAUGUAUGAAUAUAAUAAUCAGAGGUGAUUACUGCAUUGAAUCCAGCGUUUUUUUCUCAUACAUGUCAAUCAUGUCUUUCCAUUCCAUAUGCAUGUAUAUUUAGUCUACCAGCCUGAUUGUUAUAGUGUCAUAUUAAAUCUCCCGUUUGCAAUAUGUAAGACAGAGGUUUGGCCUAGUUAGUGCAAGUAGCAAAGAGGCGUAAGGU